CAGACGUGGGGCGCGGUCCGCUGUCGGAAGUCAGCGUUGGACGCUAGUGGACAAAGAAAGCUGUGCUGUGGGACCGCCACCGAACAGGUAUUUGUGACAAAUCGGGCUGCCUGUCUUUGGACUCGCUCGAUGGAAGUAGUGUUUUUGUUUGUGUAUGGGACCCAUGCAGCAACUGCAUAUUCCAAAUGUGACCUAACAAGGGUGAGGUACAACUUCUCCUUGACUGAAGUUGAACAGUGAUGAAAAUUGUGUCUCAAGAGAUGUAGGAUUCCUGUUGCAUUCACUGUUGCAUGAUGCGCCUGACUAUUCCAGCGUAGAUCAUUCUGGAUUUUGAUACCAAGUGUAUGAAAAUCAACAGGUUUCUGACAUCCCGUCUUUGGAAUGACUUCAGACUUGUACAGAGAUUGGAUUUAGGACUUAGUGCUGCAAACGUGAUUCUAUGAUGCUUCGCUGUCUCCAUGUUCAAUAUUACAAGAUGCAAAACAUUCCGGAGGGCGAAGAGCGAAACAAUGGAUCCUGAGAGGCCACCGGAAACUGUCGGUUUGAACACCAGAGAGAGUGAAGAAGAUCCAAAGAAGCUUGCAGGUUCUGAGGAGUUACCGCCAGCACCAGCAGAGCCCGAGUCAGAGUCUGUGGAUAUCAAAGAAGAUAAGGAGGGACAGAACAGUACAAAGGAAGAUGAAAGACAACCAUCGCAGCCGCAGACCAGGACGUUGGAACAGAAUUUCCAGACAGGAGACUCCAAUGAAUCAUCACAUCAAGAUCCAUCUGAGUCGCUUGAUUCUUCAGGACAAGAAUAUCAUCGUCCAUUGAACACAGAAGGAGAAAUGUUUGUCUGCUCUGUAUGUGGGAAGCGAUUUAAAACAUUAGUAUGGAUGGAAAAGCACCGAGACACACACACAAGAGGAAGAGUGUUCCAGUGCUCUGACUGUGGAAAGAGUUUUAAUCAGUUACAUAGCCUGAGAAAUCACUGCAACAUUCACAGCCACGAGAAACCAUACACGUGUUCUAUAUGUGACCGGACCUUCAGUGGAUCAGACAGCUUGAUGAUGCACAAAUGCAAUGAUACAGGAGAGCAACCCUAUAAGUGUGGCGUCUGUGGGAAGGGGUUCAGUUACCCAUCCAAGCUGGAAACUCACUGGCGCAGUCACACAGGGGAAAGGCCCUUCAGUUGCUCAGUGUGUGGAAAGAGGUUCACUCAGACUUCCAACCUUCUGACUCACCAGCGCAUUCACUCUGGGGAAAGACCAUUCACCUGUUCAGUGUGUGGAAAAGGAUUCACUGGUUCGUCCAACCUGCAGAUACACCAGCGCACUCACACAGGGGAGAGGCCAUUCAAUUGCUCUCUGUGUGGGAAGGAAUUCACUCAAGCAUCCAGUUUACUUACCCACCAGCGUAUUCACACUGGGGAGAGGCCAUUCACCUGCUCCAUGUGUGGGAAGGGAUUCACUCGGUCCUCACAUCUACUGACUCACCAGCGCAUUCACACUGGGGAGAGGCCUUUCACCUGCUCUGUGUGUGGGAAGGGAUUCACUCGGUCCUCGCACCUGGUGACACACAGACGGGUUCACACUGAUGACCGACCCUUUAAAUGCUCUGAGUGUGGAAAGACAUUUAAGGGCUCUGAAGAACUUAUGAAACAUCAACGUAUUCACACUGACGAAAGGCCAUGUGGUUGUACCCUCUGUGGGAAGAGGUUCAGGCAGUUGUCUCAUUUGCUUACUCACCAGCGAGUUCACACUGGGGAGAGACCAUUCAGCUGUUCUGUAUGUGGGAAAGAAUUUACUCAGUCCUCCCAUCUUCUAAGGCACCAACGACUUCACAGUGGGGAGAGGCCUUUUAUCUGCUCCACAUGUGGCAAGGACUUCAGCCAGUGGGCUGAUUUGCUGACGCAUCAGUGUACAGCGAACAAUCAGGCGCAGGCAAACACAGAACCACUGGUCUUCCUUCAGUUCCAGGUUUUUGUCAAAGGCAUUAUGUAAAGAACAAAACUGGAAAAUUCAAGGGUGGAUAAGAAUCUCACUGAUUGGAGGAGUUGCCACAUUGUGAGAAGUUCUAAAUGGAUUCUACAGGGGCUUCAAAUUGGAACCAUUGUUAUUGCUAAUUUCCAUCGAUGACUUGGACUCAAAAUGUCAGUGCAACAAUUUGGAAUUACAGAUGUGAUGAUCAGUGAACUCCAAGACGCCAGGUGAGAAAUGGCCAUAGUUGUAGGCUGCAGAACAUAGGUAACUAUGUAGGUAGAGUUCUGAGGUGGAGGAAUUUGAUGAAGACAAGUAAUCCAGGAAUGUAGAUGUUAUGGAAGAUUGCAGAAAAUGAUGGUAAAGAUGAAAGACUGAAAAUUAAACUCAAUUUGUCCAGCAUAUGUAGAACAGAUGCCUGUAAGGUAUAAGACAAGUGAGUGAUCUUGUCAUACAAUACCUUUAGUGUUGUGAUUAGUUUAAAACAUGAGCAAGAGUUCACUGCUGCCGUACUGUCAGGUGGCUGAGCUAUAAGGAAACCAGUUUGAGACUACAGUGUUUUCAAUGUGUCCUUACUGCUGUUUUUCAAUUAGGAAGGAAUAGAGGAUCUAAAUUGACUGUUACUUUAAAUGGAAACUAGGACAUAGAUUUACAGGAUUUAAAAUAUUUUUAAUAAGGCAGGGUGUAGGAUUCUUUCAUGUGGAAUAACUGACACACUGAACAAACCACCCAAAUGAAAUAAGAGGUGAAAACAUGCAAUGUCUUGAGGUAAUUGUUGCCUCCAUUGCCUGAAACUGUCUCCAACUCCAGCAGCUAGGGUUUACUGUUGAACUAAACAAUCUUCAUCCUGGAACUUGGGAGUAGUUUUAGGCUGAGGCACAAACCCGUAUAACUGGGCUGGAGAUUCACAUACUGGGUAUAAAGCAAAUAAGCCAAUAUUUUUUUUAGAAUUGUCUGGUCCUCUGUCUCUGAAGUAAAACAGAGACAACAGCAAGAGAAAUAGAGGGUCAGAGACUGCUGGGCAGUGUAUAAUAUAUGCAGCUUAUCAGGGGUAAAGGGUAUUGUGGAGUGGUUACUACUGUAAAGGAGGCAAUGCAGAAACUAAUAUGGGCCAAUACUCAUGUGAAAGCUGGCCAGUACACAUAUCAGUACUAACAUCUGUGUUAUGAAUGUAUUUGUGUCACAGGGUAACACAAUGUAGAUUAGGUGAAAGCUCGAGCAGGAGUCAUCAAUUUAAUGCAGUUAAAGAAGGAUCAAUGUUAACAGUAACAGCCUAGUAUGGGAGCAGUAUGCCUGGAAAAAGUGUGAAUGUUUAUUACUGUGCAAGUUUCUUCUUGUCUACUGGUAAGACAUGAAAUCUAUUACUUUUUAGUGAUGCUGUCGUUUAUGCUGUACCUCGCUGCCACCUGGUGCAGUAACAAAAGGAUCACAUGACAAUAAUCUUGGGAUUGGCAUGUUCAGACUAUGCCACCUAAUAUUGCAUUGAAACUAUUUGUAAAUAUGAACUGUUUUCAGUAGUUUUGUAUUCAAUGCUGACAGUUCACUCGAUAUUGAAGUUUACAUGCUCCUAUUUGUAAGUAUAUAGGCAUAUAGAAUGCUUGUACUUUGUCUAUUCAAUAAACCAAGUUGAUUUAAUUUUGGUGUUAAAACUUUUACAAUUUGUGUUACUCAGCUCACCUGAUUUGUUGGAAGACAUGAUAUGAAGUUGGCGGAGAGCAUUGAGACACUGCAUGGCGCUGUAAGGAUGGGAAAGAAGAAAAAGUUGUUUGGAGUAAGAUAGCAAGCUAUCCACAGAGGUGUACAGGGAGGGAACACAUACUCAGUAGUUUUAUUUUGUGUGGAAAAGAUCUUCAGUAUCAUUUUCUUAUUAGAAGUUUGUAUCCAAACUCAAUGGUGGAAGUGAGUGGUUUACAAUUCCAGGUACUACUUUGAACAAAACAGAUGAAUAAUCAGAGCAAUGUAGAUAGAGGAAUAUGUGAUAUUGUCAUCAAUUUGACUGUAAAAAUUCCAGCCUGUUCAAUGCAAGAAGCCCUGCAUGAUCUAGAGUUUUUUCAAAACUUAUGAAGAGUUUGGUAUCAGUGAGCAUGAAGA